AUGUUGACACCGCCGGGCGAAGAGAAGCCCCAGAAGCGGGUGAGGUUCCGCGUGGCUUCGGCGAACAGUGGUCGGGUGCUGAAGGAGAUUUUUAAAGAUAGGGGGCCAUCUGACUCGUUGGAUUCAGAUUGUACUAGUAGUUCAGAUGUGGACCGGGCCAGUACGCCUUCCACAAGUGGAGAUGCUAACGGACAUGGUUUUCUACAUGGGUUUCUGGGCUCCGAGUUGGAUGAUAGCGAGAGCGAGCGGGAUGAUUUGCUCAUGUAUGCUGGGGCCUCAAAGGACAGAGCACCGAUUAGCCACAAGCAUGUCAACAUCCUCAGCAAAAAUGGGACUGUAAGGGGGGUCAAGCACAAAGUCAGUGCAGGUCAGGUCUUAUUUGAAAACCUCCCUAAUGCAUUAGUCCAGCCCGAGUUGACACUAGAAUUUGGGCGGGUAGUGAUCUACACCACCAGCUUUCGAGUAGUAAGGACCACGUUUGAGCGGUGUGAGUUGGUCCGGAAGAUCUUUUCAAACCACAGGGUCAAGUUUCUGGAAAAGAACAUAGCCCUGGACUGUGAGUAUGGGAAGGACCUGGAGGAACGAUGCAAGCGUGUGGGCGAACCUCCCUCUCUACCAGUCGUGUUCAUCGAUGGACACUAUCUCGGGGGUGCUGAGAAAAUAUUGGACAUGAAUGAAUCAGGAGAACUUCAGGAUCGUCUGGCCAAAAUUGAGAGGGUACAGCACCCCCACACAUGCCAGACCUGUGGGGGCUUUGCCUUCGUCCCGUGCCCCAUGUGCCAUGGUAGCAAGUUGUCAGUUUUCCGCAACUGCUUCACAGAGUCGUUCAAAGCCCUGAAGUGCACCUGGUGCAACGAGAAUGGCCUGCAGCCCUGUUCCAGCUGCAGCCAAUGA